AUGUUGAAGGAUAAAGGGCAAGCAACUUUUGAAGAUAAAUGGCCAUCCAUGCGUCCUAUAGUUUUAAAAUUACUGAAACAGGAAACUGUAACGCAAACAGAAUGGCAAGAUCUCUUCGUGGCGGUACAUUCAGUGUGCCUGUGGGAUGACAGAGGUCCACAUAAGUUAAGAGAUGCACUCCAGCAGGAUAUAAUGAUGUACAUAAAACAAGCCCAAGCGCGAGUUCUUGCACAACGUGAAGAUCAAGCACUUCUUAAGGCUUAUAUUGCUGAAUGGGGAAAAUUUUUCACUCAGUGUAAUUAUCUGCCUACACCGUUCCGCCAAUUAGAAAAUUCCAUCAAUAAUAUUAGCAAAAGUACAAGUUCUAAUGCAUCAAAUUCUCAGAAAAAGAACAAUAAUAAUAAUAUAGAAGAUAGUUUAGUCCGAAAAUUGAUGUUAGAUUCAUGGAACCAAAGCAUUUUUAUGGACAUCAAGCAAAGAUUACAAGAUUCUGCAAUGAAGCUUGUACAAGCUGAACGAAACGGAGAAUCUUUUGACUCACAGCUAGUGAUAGGUGUAAGAGAGUCAUAUGUUAAUUUGUGCUCAAAUUCUAUUGAUAAGUUACAAAUAUAUAGAGAAAACUUUGAAGCUGCCUAUAUGCAAGCUACAGAAGAGUUUUAUAAAUUGAAAGCAAAUGAGCAUUUAUUGUCAAACGGUGUACAGUCUUACAUGAAAUAUUCUGAUCAGAGAUUGAAAGAAGAAGAGGCUAGAGCCCAUCGAUAUUUAGAACCAGGAAGUGGAAGCGUGGCUGCACUCACUCAGUGUUGUGAGAAGGUUCUUAUUGGUGAACAUCUACCAACAUUACUAGCUGAAAGUGCACCCCUUAUAAAAGCUGGGGAGACAGAAAAGCUUCAGUUGAUGUUUCGUCUCUUAGAUAGGGUUCCGGAAGGGGUAACUCCAAUAUUAAGGGAUCUAGAAGCUCACAUAGUGUCAGCAGGCUUAGCAGAUAUGGUAGCAUCAGCUGAUAUAAUUACAACUGACUCUGAAAAAUAUGUAGAGAGAUUAUUAGAUCUAUUUAAAAGAUUUAGUACAUUAGUUAAAGAUGCUUUCAUGGAUGAUCCUAGAUUUCUUACUGCUAGAGAUAAAGCUUAUAAGUGUGUUGUAAAUGAUACUACAGUUUUUAAGUUGGAAUUGCCAUCAUCAGCACUAUUAAGAGGAAGCAAGGGCACAGCACCAGAAAGUAAAUGUCCUGAGCUUCUUGCUAAUUACUGUGAUAUGUUGUUACGUAAGACUCCACUCAGUAAAAGGUUAACUAGUGAUCAGAUAGAAUCAAGAUUAAGAGAUGUUUUAUUAGUAUUGAAAUAUAUUGAAAACAAAGAUGUCUUUAUGAGGUACCACAAAGCUCAUUUAACUAGACGAUUAAUAUUAGACUCUAGUGCUGAUUCUGAAAAGGAGGAGGAUAUGGUCGAGUGGCUACGUGAAGUUGGCAUGCCGGCUGAUUAUGUCAAUAAACUUGCUCGUAUGUUUCAAGAUAUUAAAGUUAGUGAAGAUCUUAAUACACAAUUCCGAGGUGAAACUACAAGACAUGAUGCCAUAAAUAUUAAAAUACUAAAUGCAGGUGCUUGGGCGAGAGGUUCAGAGAGAGUUACUGUAAGUCUUCCUUUAGAAUUAGAAGAUUAUAUACCAGAAGUAGAAGAAUUCUAUAAAAAGAAACAUUCUGGAAGAAAGUUGCAAUGGUACCAUCAUAUGAGUAAUGGAACAAUAACAUUUGCUAACUCAGUGGGCAGAUUUGAUUUAGAUGUGACUACUUUUCAAAUGGCUGUUCUAUUUGCUUGGAAUCAGAGACCAAUGGAAAAAGUUACGUAUGAAAACUUAAGGCUAGCCACAGAAUUACCUGAUCCAGAAUUAAGAAGAACAUUAUGGUCAUUAGUUGCAUUUCCGAAGCUUAAAAGGCAACUGCUGUGUUAUGAACCUCUUGUGCAAAAUCCAAAAGACUUUUCAGAAAAUACAACAUUUUGGGUUAAUCAGGAAUUUGCCCUUGUUAAAAAUGGAAAGCCACAAAGAAGAGGUAAAAUUAAUUUAAUUGGAAGACUUCAAUUGAGCACGGAACGCUCACAAUUAGAAGAUAACCAUUCCAUUGUUCAACUAAGGAUACUUCGAACUCAAGAAGCAAUCAUCAAGAUACUAAAGAUGAGAAAGCGUAUAACAAAUACUGCUUUACAGAGCGAACUCGUCGAAAUUCUAAAAAAUAUGUUCCUACCAUCAAAAAAAAUGAUCAAAGAGCAAUUGGAAUGGCUCAUCGAACACAAGUAUAUGCGUCGCGAUGACGAGGAUAUCAAUACUUUUAUAUAUAUGGCC